AUGUUUUCCGGAACGGUGGAAGGGCGGCUGUUUUUCUGUGACAACCACCUCGACAUGAGUCGGAAGGCCGAUGAUGGGGAUUGUGAUACGUCGUGCUCGGGGAAUCCCCUGUGGAAAUGUGGCGGGACGCAGCGUGUGCAGGUGUUCGGGCCGCCACCGUCUUCACCGGCUGUCGGGAAUAAUGUCAUCUCGCGCUGUCGUCCCUGGUGCGUCACUGCGGACGCCGACACCACUAACCCCAAGUGGGGCCAAUGUGAGCUUGGGGGCCACCAGGCGGCGGGAAUCUCCAGCUGGGACGUACGGUGUGACUGUCCCCCGGGCAAGAUUGGGCCCGGAUGUGACCAGCUUUGCCCCUCGUGGACCUAUGGUAACGGUUGUCGUAGAAACUGCACCUGCAACCAGAACACGACCUCAUUCUGUAACCCUAGCAACGGACAGUGCGUGUGUCUACCUGGUUACCAAGGAAGCCGAUGUGAAUCGCAAUGCCCAACCGGAAAAUAUGGAAAGGAUUGCACGUCGACAUGCCAAUGUAUCGCUCAAUCGCUGUGUGAUCCGGCAGAUGGGACUUGCUCGUGCCAGCCUGGGUUUUACGGCCACAACUGCGCUUUCCCUUGCGAGAAGGGCAGGUUUGGCGCCAAUUGCUCGCAGACUUGCGCCUCGUGCAACCAUGGCACGUGCUCGCCCGUGGAUGGUCUGUGCGAAUGCUUUCCGGGAUUCAAACUGCCAUUUUGUGACGAGAUGUGCGACCCUAAAAACUUCGGACAAGACUGCGAACAGGAGUGUAAAUGUAACGGGCAGCCGUGUAACCCGAUUUCCAGUCGCUGCAUGUGCGGACCUGGUUACCUUGGAUACAGCUGUGAGACGGCAAACUACAACGAGCAAUAUUCGAGGAAAAACAACAUAAAAAUCCUCAAUAUACCAGAAGCUAAAGAAGAAAAUGAAAUAUCACUUGCAAAAACUGUAGGACAAAUUCUGAAGACCUUCAACCAAUAG